CUCUUCAAGGACUCCAAAGCUUAUCCCCUCUACUCGGGAAGGGAGAGAGAGAGAGAGAGAGAGAGAGAGAGAGAGAGAGAGAGAGCUGUUCCUUGGCUUGUCUUCCGAGAAUCUUUCAUGGAAACUCUCGUCCUCUGAAACUCAUCCACAGAGACCCAAGCAGCCCCAAGUACGCCCUGCUCUGCUUCAUCUUCUCUCUGCAUUGAGCUUCACAUCACUCAGAUUCUUUCCCCGUUAAUGGCGUGCAUUUCCCAAUCUCUCUCCUUCAAACCAUUUUCUGCUUUGGUCCAAUGAGAGCGCUCCCUGAGCUAAUGGAUCCGAAGAGAGCCAGGGAAUCGCCGGAAUCGGCCGUGCUGAGUCGCCCGUCGGCAUUCCCGGAUGAGGUCCUGGAGCGAAUCCUUUCGUUGCUGGACACCCACAAGGACCGGAGCUCGGCCUCUCUAGUCUCCAAGGCCUGGUACCACGCCGAGAGGUGGUCCCGGGCCCGGGUCUUCAUCGGGAACUGCUACUCGGUCUCCGCGGAGAUCCUGGUCCGUCGGUUCCCGAACAUCCGGAGCGUGACCCUUAAAGGGAAGCCCAGGUUCUCGGACUUCAACCUCGUCCCGCAGAACUGGGGCGCCGAUAUCCACUCGUGGCUUCUCGUCUUCGCCGAGCAUUACCCUUCCCUCGAGGAGCUCAGGCUCAAGAGGAUGACUGUGACUGACCAGAGCCUGGAGUUCUUGGCCCUGAAAUUCCCUAACUUUAAGUCCCUUUCCCUGCUGAGCUGCGACGGGUUUAGCACCGACGGCCUCUCUGCCAUCGCUACUCAUUGCAGGAACUUGACAGAACUCGAUAUUCAAGAGAAUGGCAUAGACGACAUUAGCGGCAACUGGUUGAAUUGCUUCCCUGAUAACUUCACCUCCCUAGAAGUCCUGAACUUUGCGAGCCUCAACAGCGAGGUCAACUUUGACUCUCUCGAGAGGCUCGUGACUCGUUGCAACUUGCUGAGGAUCCUAAAGGUCAAUAAGACCAUCACAUUGGAUCAGCUGCAGAGGCUCCUUGUUCGUGCUCCUUGGUUGACAGAGCUUGGUACUGGUUCGUUCAUUCAGGAGCUUACACCUCGGCAAUAUGCAGAUCUAGAGACAUCAUUCAAAGGGUGCAGGAAUUUACAGACCCUGUCAGGUUUAUCAGAGGCUACGGCAUUAUAUCUACCUGCUCUUUAUCCUGCCUGUGCGAAUCUGACUUUCUUGAAUCUGAGUUAUGCUGCUCUACAAAGUGAGGAACUUGCUAGGCUUCUCGCUUACUGUGCACAUCUUCGGCGUCUUUGGGUCCUUGAUACAGUGGAAGACAAAGGUCUUGAGGCAGUCGGUCAAAACUGCCCUCUACUGGAGGAGCUCAGGGUGUUCCCUUCUGACCCUUUUGACGAGGAAAUCGUCCAUGGGGUGACUGAAUUGGGGUUUCUAGCUGUCUCUUAUGGAUGCAGGAAGCUCCGCUAUGUCCUCUACUUCUGCCGGCAGAUGACAAAUGCUGCAGUAGCGACAAUUGUUCGGAACUGCCCCGACUUCACUCACUUCCGCCUCUGCAUUAUGAACCCGGGCCAGCCUGACUACCUAACUCGUGAACCCAUGGAUGAGGCCUUUGGGGCGGUAGUCAAGAAUUGCCCUAAGCUUCAGAGGCUUGCUGUCUCUGGCCUACUGACGGACCUAACCUUUGAGUAUAUUGGUACGUUUGCGAAGAACUUGGAGACUCUUUCGGUGGCUUUUGCAGGCAGUAGUGAUUUGGGGAUGCAGUGCGUGUUAGAGGGUUGUCCCAAGCUUAGGAAGCUUGAGAUAAGGGAUUGUCCAUUCGGGAAUAAGGCGCUUCUUUCGGGUUUGGAGAAGUACGAGUCGAUGAGGUCCCUUUGGAUGUCUGCCUGCAAGAUCACAAUGAAUGGGUGUAGAUUACUAGCGAGAAAAAUGCCAAGGUUGAACGUGGAGGUAAUGAAGGAUGAGGAGAGCAAUGAUGGGCAGUCUUAUAAAGUAUAUGUUUAUCGGUCUGUUGCUGGGCCAAGGAGGGAUGCACCACCAUUUGUUUUGACUCUUUGAAUUGAUAACCGACGAUUCAUUCUUCCAUGUACGGUGGGCUUCUGUUACAUUCAUUUGCCCCAAUUCGACCAGCGUGGAGAUGGAAAGAGUUGGAAGGUCCCAAACUUGGACUUGAGUGUUGAACUGCUUCCAUCCUUUGUUACCUUGAGAGUGAGAAACCAUCGAGAAAAAUGCUACAAAUGCCAAAGCUGUAUCCUUCCGAGCAUCAUCCUGCUGGGGCAUUGAUCGUUAAAAGCCUUAAAGAGCAGGACCUGAAAGAACCAAAUGCCUGAAGAAGCUCAGUCGAGAUUGUUUUUGACAGGAAAAAGGAUUUUUCCGUCUCAUGGAACUGAACAACUCUCAUCAAACCAGUAUCUUGUGAUGGACCAGGCCGAAUUACCAAAUAUCCGCCCGAGACAUUUGAAAAAGGAAGAAUCAUCAAUUGUCAGCAGCAAUACCUAUCACCUGAAUUAUCCUGCCCGACUUUCGAAUAGUUACUGAGCUCUUUCAACUAUCGGGCAGGAAGGGUCGAACAUGACUCAGUGGGACCUGGACUGCACAUGCCAAGUGUAACAAACCAACAAUGUGCAGAAAGGGAUUUUUCUUGAUGCAAAAAUUUCAGUUUCUUUCGAACUCACUUGGGUUUCGCGUGAUCUAAUGACUUCAUUCCAAACUUAUCUGGGAAAAAUGUAAUUUCUUACUUUUCUCCUUUACAUUAACCAAAGUCAUGUGGCAUGUCCGUUUGUUACAGGACAUGACCAAUUUCAAGAAAUGUAAAUUUUUGGGGUUCUUAACUUAUCCCUAUCAAUUUUUUGAUUUAUUACU